AUCUUUUGCUUCUUUAAAAGGGUUAUUCCAAACAAAGGGUCAUUCUAAAAGCGACAUCAGGUUUUGUUGAACUUUGGGAGUGUCUUUUGUUGUCUGUCUCUGGUUUGGUUCCACUGUAUCUUGUUCUCUUCUCGUAUCUCUGCUCCCUUCUUCACCCCCAACUUCAAUUAUGUCCUGACCAACACAACACACCAAGCAAUGUUUCAUAUACAGUUGAUUGGAUUUGAGUUGAUGAAUUUGUCAUGCAAAGGUUUUGUUGCGUAGAAAGGAAGCGGUUUCUGUUGCUGUUUUGAUUGAAUUUAAACCGAAAAAAGUUAUAUUUUGGAUUCAAGUUUGGUUGGUUAAUUGGAUUCUAACAAAAACUGAAAACCUAGAUACUGCAUUGAUUGUUUGAGAAUCAUUUAUCACAAUGCCAUAUAUUCAGAAAUUGUAUGAUGUCUGCAAGGCUUCUUUGUCUACUGAGGGGCCUAUUUCAGAAGAAGCUCUCGAAAAAGUCCGAGCCGUGUUAGAUGGGUUGAAGCCUUCCCAUGUCGGUCUUGAACAUGAGGCGAACCUGGCGCGAGGUUGGAGAAGUUCUAUGAAUGGUCGUAAUGGGAGAAAGGGGAGAGAUGAAACUCCUCAUGAACCUGAACCGCCGAUUAAGUACAUUCACCUUCAUGAGUGUGACAAAUUCUCGAUUGGAAUAUUCUGUAUGUCUCCUGGUUCGUUAAUUCCGCUUCACGAUCAUCCUAGAAUGACAGUUUUAAGCAAGGUUCUCUACGGUUCGUUGCUUGUGAAAGCGUUUGAUUGGGUUGACUUGCCGGAGUCCAAUGAUCUAUCUCAAGCUGCAGCGAGACCAGCAAAACACGUCAGAGAUUGUCAGAUGACUGCUCCAUGCGACACAACAAUUCUUCAUCCAAAUAGGGGUGGCAACCUCCAUUGCUUCAAGGCCGUAACCCCUUGCGCUCUCUUCGACAUUCUUUCUCCUCCUUACUCGUUAGAAGAAGAAGAAAACGGAAGAAACUGCUCUUAUUACCACAAGACGCCAAAGACAGAUCUUCCAGUGCUUGAGGAGCUGCGGGGAAUGAAUCCAUCUGAAAUCACCUGGUUAGAAGUGGUUCCACCGCCCAACGAUCUGGUUAUCGGGAAGGGGCAAUACAAAGGUCCUAUUAUUCGGCGAUGAAGUAGACGACUUAUUUGUUCUUAUACGAUGAUGACGAUGAAGGAGACGGCUUAUUUGUUCUUAUACGAUGAUGACGAUGAAGGAGACGGCUUAUUUGUUCUUAUACGAUAUUAGUCAGGCUUGACUAGAAACUAUAUUUGAUGGGAUUAUUAUUAUUAUUAUUAUAAUUAAUUUAUGAUGGAAUGUUUUGGAAAAUAAUUGAUUAUCUGUUUGGUAUGGCUGUUAAUUAAUUGUACAGACUAUGAUAAAUUAUGGCUGCAACAUGGUUGGUUAUCUUUGGUGAUGAUGUUAAUGUCUUCUUUAGACAUGUGGAUUAUUAUGAGUUAUUUGAAUGGAUUAUGCUUGUUCUUA